GGCAUACAAAACAAAACUAGGGUCAUGACGCCCUUGCUACUCGGAAGACAGUAGUAAGUCCCGUUUGGACUGCGAGAGAGUGAAAGAAGGGAGAAGAGGAGACAAGAUGGCAGUGGGGGGUUUCGCCGUUGACGACAAUUCCAGGGCCUUCAGUGGCAAGGUAACAGCGUCGGUGGUGAUCACCUGCAUCGUUGCCGCAUCUGGUGGCCUUAUUUUUGGGUAUGACAUCGGAAUUUCAGGAGGUGUAACAACGAUGCAACCCUUUCUUAAGAAAUUCUUCCCGGUGGUACUGAGGAAAGCGGCGGACGCCAAGACCAACAUAUACUGUGUGUAUGACAGCCACGUCUUAACAGCAUUCACAUCCUCACUGUACAUAGCGGGGUUAGCAGCGUCCCUGGUGGCUAGUCGCCUCACCAGAGCAGUGGGACGUAGAAACACAAUGAUAAUUGGUGGUUUGACUUUCCUGAUUGGCGCUGCUCUCAAUGGUGGGGCCGAAAAUGUUGCCAUGCUCAUCUUGGGCCGUAUAUUGCUGGGAUUUGGUGUUGGUUUCACUAACCAGGCAACCCCUAUCUACCUCUCGGAGAUGGCGCCACCGAAAUGGCGCGGUGCUUUCGGCACAAGUUUUCAAUUCUUCAUAGGCAUAGGGGUGGUGGUAGCCAAUUGCCUAAAUUAUGGCACCGCUAAGAUCAGCUGGGGGUGGCGCCUCUCCCUCGGCCUUGCGAUUGUGCCCUCGGUAAUCAUGACUGUGGGUGCACUACUUAUCUCAGACACCCCAAGUAGCCUUGUGGAACGUGGGAAGGUGGCCCAAGCUCGCGACUCUCUCCGUAAAGCCCGAGGAAAAGACAUCGACAUCGAACCUGAGCUGGCUGAGCUAGUGAAGACGAGCGAAGCAGUCAAAGCUGCAAAUGAAGAGCCGUUCGUUACUAUAUUCGAAAGGCAGUAUCGGCCGCACCUAGUGAUGGCCUUUGCCAUUCCUUUCUUUCAGCAGCUCACUGGGAUUAACAUCAUCGCCUUCUACGCGCCGGUCCUCUUUCAAUCUGUGGGAUUUGGAAGCGACUCGGCUCUGAUAGCCUCCAUAAUACUGGGAUGUGUGAACCUUUUGUCCAUCAUUGUGUCUACAUUUAUAGUUGAUCGAUAUGGCAGAAGAAUUCUGUUCCUGGAGGGUGGAACUCAGAUGAUCAUCGGUCAGGUGGCGGUGGCGUGUGUGCUAGCAGUAACUACGGGCGUUUCGGGAACAAAGGACAUACCCAGGGGGUACGCGGUGUUGGUACUGGUACUUAUGUGCAUCUAUGCAGCUGGUUUUGGUUGGUCAUGGGGUCCUCUGAGCUGGCUCAUUCCCAGUGAGAUUUUUCCUAUGAAAAUCCGCACAACCGGCCAAGCUAUAAGCGUUGCCGUCAACUUCGCAACAACCUUCGUGCUAGCCCAGACAUUCUUGACCAUGCUGUGCCACUUUAAAUACGGCACUUUCCUCUUCUAUGCCGGUUGGCUCAUUGCAAUGACCCUUUUCGUAAUACUUUUCGUGCCGGAGACCAAAGGUAUUCCUCUAGAAUCCAUGUAUCAAGUUUGGGAGAGGCAUUGGUUCUGGCGGAGGUUUGUUUCUCUGCCAUAGGUAAAUGCCUUCUCAAGUCCCAGUAAUUUCAUUGAAACAUUCUGGCCAGUUUCUACUUAUGCUCACAUAUCC